AUGUCCGAGCAGACCGUUGAGUUUGUUGCCGAGACACUGGAGCUGCUACCGCCUUUUUCAUUUUCGAAAAAACCUAUCCGUUCUGUUUACAACUCCCUGGGGAUCUCCCAAAUCCUUCUUCACCAUGCUCCAGACGAAAAUGGGCCGACUUCGAAACCAUCUCUCAACAAUAUAAACUACGAUGAGCAGAUCCGAGCCCCUCGCAUGACCCUGGCUUCCUCCCACUAUACACAUCUGCCAAAAAAUAGGCCGGAUUUGGCUCCCGCUGAUGUGGAUCAUGAAGAGAGUAAGCCAUACGAACCAGCUACUUUUGACCUCAACGCCGUCACGCGGCGGAAUCUGGCCCCACUCAGCCGUAACUCGCUGCUGCUGCUUUUGGACGCCUACUUCCCUUCAAAUCUGCCCCAAAGCGGCACUUCCCAUAGAUCGGGCUCCUCUAGCUCGCAUACACUGGCAUCCGAACUGACGGUGCGCCUGGAUCUGCUGAAGAUCCAAAGAGCGUUGCUUAAUUUGCUGGAAAACACCACUUCCACGGAAAGAGGAAAUCACAGUGACUACGCUGCACGCUCAGCCCGCCACAGAGCAAAUGGCCACAUGGUGGAUGCGAGAGGCGCUUCUCUUCAGCAUGUGUACAGCUUGAAGAAGCCGCUCUGCACUCCGGCAGUGCUAAGGCCACCUGGCGAGAGUGAACUUGAAAAUGCCAGUGAAGUCGACUCCUCGUCGCCCCAUUCAGAAAUUAGAGAGUACCCGUUUCAAAUGCCAGUCCACGAUGAGGCUCACGACGUAUCAACCUGUGAAAACUCGACUGAACCAACGCACGAACACUGGAGGCCCAACUCUUCCCUGGAACACUGCACCAAGUGUUUUGAUGCGUUUGGGAGCUUUUUCAGUCCGCAGCGUAAACGCAGACACCAUUGUCGCUUCUGCGGGUUCUUGUACUGCGUCAACUGUUUGUUUAAGAACAAAGAGCUGGUUCUGAGCUCCAGCACAGUGCACAGUCCAAGUAAGCGGUCGAGCUCAAGCUCCUCCAACUCCAGUGGCUACUCGGUGUUCCCAUCCAAUACCUCCUCUCCGGCGUCGUCGGAACAUGCAUCGGGCGUUAUGAUGGACUCAAAGGCUCGGCUAGUGGUACCGAUUUUCACCAAUCUACGUCAGGACCAGAAAAGCCUCGUCAACAUGCGCCAGCGGUUCAAGAGCUGCAAAGUCUGCAAGCUGUGUGGACAGAACUACUUGAAGUUGGUGCAAGCGCUAAACUUGCGGAUGGAGAAAACUCAAGACGUUUCCGUGCCCUACGCAUUCAUUGAAAACCCCUAUUCCAAUACAGAUCCUGACAGCAUCAUGCCUGGCGGAGCUUUAGAUAGCAGCGUCAGCAGCUUGUGCAGCGAAGAGGCCGCCCAUGUUGCCCAGAGUUCACAUCAGGAUAGGCGCCGCAGCUCAUUGGCAAACAACGUGCCACUGGACUGGACGUGGAGCUCAUUUUAA